AUGGUAAACCAAACAUAUCUCACAGAUUUUGUUCUUCUGGGAUUUUCUGAUAAUCGAAAGCUUCAGAUUUUACACUUUGUCGUGUUUCUCUUCAUUUACCUGGUAGCCCUGAUAGGAAACUUGCUUAUCAUGCAAACUGUCAUCCAGCAUUCCCAUCUUCAUAGUCCUAUGUACUUCUUCUUGGCUAAUCUCUCUUUUGUCGAUAUUGGCUACAUUUCAACCACUGUUCCAAAAACCAUGGCCAACUCCUUCCAGGAUGAUAAACUCAUUCCAUACUCUGGAUGCAUCACACAAGUCUUUUUGGUUAGUACCUUUGCAGGGGCUGAGCUGGCUCUGCUCACUGUCAUGGCGUAUGACCGCUAUGUAGCCAUCUGCUCUCCUCUACAAUAUAGUCUGAUCAUGAGCUGGAAUGCCUGUUUCAAAAUGGCAGCUGCAUCAUUCCUCUGCAGCACAAUCAAUGGAAUGGUUCAAGCUGUGAGCACAUUCAGUUUGCAUUUCUGUUCAUCCCAUGUAGUUGAACAGUUUUUCUGUGAUACCCCUCAGUUAUUAAAGAUAUCUUGCUCUGACACACAGCCCAUAAUUUUGUACAUGUUUGCCUUUGUAAUUAUUGUAGGCUUUCCUUGUCUUUUGCUCGUAUCAAUUUCCUAUAUUUACAUAUUCUGUACUGUGUUCAAAAUUCAGUCAGCUCAGGGAAGACACAAAGCCUUCUCUACCUGCACACCGCACUUGACUAUUUUUUCUGUAUUUAUCACCACUUCCAUCUUUUCUUACUUGAGACCGAAGUCUUUGUCCUCACUUUCUCUUGAUUUGUUGACUGCUGUUUUGUACACAGUUCUACCACCACUCAUGAAUCCCAUCAUUUAUAGCCUGAGAAACAGGGAGAUUCAAGUUGCUCUGUCAAAAAUGGUUAAGAAGAAAAUUAUGUUGUAG